CAAAUCCAAAUGGGUAUAAAAAGAGGGGGAGUUGCUGGAUUGGGUCAUCAGUUGAAUAGCCAACAAGCAAGCAAGUGAACUUCAGACUUCCCCGGCCAAGUAAAAGUCAGAGAUACAUCCGUACAAAAUGGUUUGCAAGGGUUGUGGAACUAACUGCCAGUGUUCGGGCCAGAAGUGCGGGGACAACUGCGCCUGCAACAAGGACUGCCAGUGCGUCUGCAAGAGCGGGCCCAAGGACCAGUGCUGCAGUAACAAAUGAAGGCAGCCAACUAACUGUGUAUAACUUCUAAACUAAGGCUCAACUCCCCACCGGGUUGGCCAGAAAACCAAUAAAGUUUAUGAAGAUUUUGGGCAUUUAAAA